GGUCAAGGCUAUUGUUACGGUUCUACUACUUGUAAUGUUCCGACAGCAAAACCGGAGCUGCAGUGUCUUUGUGGGGAAUGUUCCUUACGAUGUUGAUGAGGAACAGUUGAAGAGCAUCUUCUCAACGGUCGGUCCUGUUGUGAGCUUUCGGCUCAUGCAUGAUAAGGUCACUGGGCGACCUAAGGGAUACGGAUUUUGCGAGUACGCAGAUCAGGAGACUGCAUACGCUGCAAUGCGUAAUCUCAAUAACGUGGAGUGUGGAGGCCGGCCGCUUCGAGUUGACUGGGCUGACCAUGAGUUGCGUAACACGGAAGGAGUGCAGCGAUCGAUUCAACGCAGUGGCGCUGAUGUUGGGCGAAGCAAUGUGAAGGUGAAUAAUAAGAAGCUUCGAGAGUUCCAACAGAGACUGACAGAUGAAAAUGCAGAGCAUCUGGCAUUAGAUGUCCAAACCCACAGUGAGAUAGCGGCCUUGUUGAAUCAAUGGUCUACAGUGGAGUUGUACCAGUUCCUUGGCCAGUCACAACAGUUCGUCAGUGAAAGCCCAGAAGCAGCGCGGUCUCUGUUCGUGGCGCAUCCUCAGCUGCCGUUGGCGAUCAACCAUGUUGCGUACUUGCUGGGAUUUACCUCGGAGCCGACCUUCCCGAUGACGCCGGAUGAUAUGAUAUAUGCAGAAGAGCGUAUCAAGGCACUGAAACAGCAUCGAGUAUGUCCUGUAAAGCCCAUACAGCCUCCCCGAGCUGUCCCCAUCAGUCUGGUAACCGACCCCACUGCUCAGCUCCAGGCUGGCAUUUCCAAUCCUAUGAUGAUGAGCGGCGUGUUGCCAGCUGGUGUACUCGCUGCAGGGGCUAGCAUUGCUGGUGCAAGAGCAACAACGGUUGGUACCAUCUCUCGAGUGACUUCUAUUGGUACGAGCGGAUUAGCCCCUCAUCAUGCAAUGAAGAAACCUGCUGUGGACAUCGCAGCGUUGCCGGCCGACACGAAGGAGGCUUUACGCAAGCAACUAGCACAGAUGACUCCAGCUGAGGUUGCUAGCCUCCCUGCUGAUGUACGAGAGAUCAUGCAACAACUAGCAGUCUCUACUGGCGGCUCUGCUGUUGGGAGUGGUUCUGUACCACGAUAA